AUGAAUCAGGAAAACAUAGGUCCUUUACUCCUAAGCAAAGGAUAUCAACUCAUUGACUACAUUAAUAAGGGAGGAUUCGGUAGCUGCUACCUUGUUCAUAGUCUUAAAUACAACAUGAAAUUUGCAUGCAAGAUUUCUCAUUCACAAAAUUUUGAAUCAAAAAUAAGUUCAUCAUUUAGCAGAGAAGUAAGUACACGUAUUCAACUUAAUCAUACCAAUAUUGUUCGUGUUUAUGAUGUCUUUAUUGUAGAGAAUUAUUUAGCCAUAAUAUUGGAAUAUUGCCCUGGCGGAUCGGUUCUUUCUAAAAUGGAUGGACAAGACAGUUUAUCAAUUCCUAAGUUAAUAAAAUAUACUUACCAAAUGUUAGAUGCUUUAUGCUUUAUUCAUUCCAAAGGCAUUGCUCAUAGCGAUAUUAAACCAGGAAAUAUGUUGGUUGAUGAAUUCAAUCGCAUCAAGAUCUGUGAUUUUGGUUUAUCUCAAUUUGCAAAUCACAAUGAGACAAAUUCAAUUAGCUUUUGCGGCUCAACUAACUACAUGGCUCCAGAAAUCCUUAUGAAUACAAAAUAUGAUCCAUUUAAGGCAGAUGUUUGGUCUCUAGGAAUUACUUUGUACCAAAUGUUGUCUGGAAGACUGCCAUUUGUUAAUCCACUAGUUUCCUAUCGCAUUGAAGCAAUGAAGAUCGGACAUGAAAGGAUUAUGACUGCACCACGAAAUUUUAAUAAAUUAAUAGAUUUAUGCCUUAGAUUUGAUCCGCAGACACGCCCAAACAUGUUUCAAAUCAAGAAACACUUCGAAGAAAACUUUGGAAAGCCAAGUUCUUCCAAGCUACAGUCCGAAACAACUUUAUUCAGGAGAUCAGCGCAACAAUCUAUCAUCAAAAUAUCUAAAAGAGUGAAGAAAUAUGUCGAAAAUACUGUUUGUUAA